UGUUUGCACUUUCAGAGACACACAAAAAAAUAGCAUGGCAUGAAACAUGGCUCAGUUCUAUUACAAAAGAAAUGUUAACGCCCCCUACAGAGACCGCAUCCCUCUCAGGAUAGUCCGAGCAGAAUCGGAACUCUCACCAUCGGAGAAAGCCUACUUAAAUGCUGUGGAAAAGGGAGAUUACGCGAGUGUCAAGAAAUCCCUAGAGGAAGCUGAAAUUUACUUCAAGAUCAAUAUUAAUUGCAUUGAUCCUCUUGGAAGAACGGCUCUCCUCAUUGCAAUCGAAAACGAGAACCUGGAGCUCAUUGAACUCCUCUUAAGCUUUAACGUCUAUGUUGGAGAUGCUCUGUUACACGCUAUCAGGAAGGAAGUCGUGGGAGCUGUCGAGCUGCUACUGAACCACAAAAAGCCCAGUGGAGAGAAACAGGUGCCUCCCAUACUCCUUGACAAGCAGUUCUCUGAAUUCACUCCAGACAUUACACCCAUCAUUUUGGCAGCCCAUACAAAUAAUUACGAGAUAAUAAAACUUUUAGUUCAGAAGGGUGUCUCGGUGCCCAGACCCCACGAGGUGCGCUGUAACUGCGUCGAAUGUGUGUCCAGCUCAGACGUGGACAGCCUCCGCCACUCCCGCUCCAGACUCAACAUCUACAAGGCCCUGGCCAGCCCCUCGCUCAUCGCCUUGUCCAGCGAAGACCCUUUUCUCACGGCCUUUCAGCUAAGUUGGGAGCUCCAAGAACUGAGUAAGGUGGAAAAUGAAUUCAAGUCGGAGUAUGAGGAGCUGUCACGACAGUGCAAACAGUUCGCGAAGGACCUGCUGGAUCAGACGAGAAGUUCCCGAGAGCUGGAAAUCAUUCUCAAUUACCGGGAUGACAACAGUCUCAUCGAAGAGCAAAGUGGAAAUGAUCUCGCGAGACUCAAAUUGGCCAUUAAGUACCGUCAAAAAGAGUUCGUCGCUCAGCCCAACUGUCAACAGCUGCUGGCGUCCCGCUGGUACGAUGAGUUUCCCGGCUGGAGGAGGAGACACUGGGCCGUGAAGAUGGUGACGUGUUUCAUAAUAGGACUUCUUUUCCCCGUCUUCUCUGUGUGCUACCUUAUAGCUCCCAAAAGCCCCCUGGGACUGUUCAUCCGAAAGCCUUUUAUCAAGUUCAUCUGCCACACGGCGUCCUAUCUGACUUUUCUGUUCCUGCUGCUGCUUGCCUCUCAGCACAUCGACAGGUCAGACUUGAACAGGCAAGGCCCACCACCAACCAUCGUCGAGUGGAUGAUAUUACCGUGGGUCCUGGGUUUUAUAUGGGGAGAAAUUAAACAAAUGUGGGAUGGUGGACUUCAAGAUUACAUCCAUGAUUGGUGGAAUCUAAUGGAUUUUGUGAUGAACUCCUUAUACUUAGCAACAAUCUCCUUGAAAAUCGUUGCAUUUGUAAAGUACAGUGCUCUUAACCCACGAGAAUCCUGGGACAUGUGGCAUCCCACGCUGGUGGCCGAAGCUUUAUUUGCUAUCGCAAACAUAUUCAGUUCCCUGCGCCUGAUCUCACUGUUCACGGCCAAUUCUCACCUGGGGCCUCUGCAGAUAUCUCUGGGAAGGAUGCUCCUGGACAUUCUCAAGUUUCUAUUCAUCUACUGCCUCGUGCUGCUAGCAUUUGCAAAUGGCCUAAAUCAGCUGUACUUCUAUUACGAAGAAACAAAAGGGUUAAGCUGCAAAGGCAUACGAUGUGAAAAGCAGAAUAAUGCAUUUUCAACGUUAUUUGAGACACUCCAGUCCCUGUUUUGGUCAAUAUUUGGGCUCAUCAACUUAUAUGUGACCAAUGUCAAGGCACAGCAUGAAUUCACUGAGUUUGUUGGUGCCACCAUGUUUGGGACAUACAAUGUCAUCUCUCUGGUUGUCCUACUCAACAUGUUAAUAGCUAUGAUGAAUAAUUCUUACCAACUUAUUGCUGAUCAUGCAGACAUAGAAUGGAAAUUUGCUCGAACAAAGCUUUGGAUGAGUUAUUUUGAAGAAGGCGGUACCUUGCCUACUCCCUUCAAUGUCAUCCCGAGCCCCAAGUCUCUCUGGUACCUGAUCAAAUGGAUAUGGACACACUUGUGCAAGAAAAAGAUGAGAAGAAAGCCGGAAAGCUUUGGAACAAUUGGGAGGCGAGCUGCUGAUAAUCUGAGAAGACACCACCAAUAUCAAGAAGUCAUGAGGAACCUGGUCAAGCGAUAUGUGGCCGCUAUGAUCAGAGACGCCAAAACUGAAGAAGGCCUGACUGAGGAGAACUUUAAGGAACUGAAGCAGGACAUUUCAAGCUUCCGCUUUGAAGUCCUGGGGUUGCUGAGAGGAAGCAAGCUUUCUACUGUACAGUCUGCUCAGGGCACAAAGGAGUCUUCUAACUCAGUGGACUCGGAUGAAAAGAGUGAUAACGAAGGCGGCAGCAAGGACAGGAAAAAGAACUUCAGCCUUUUCGACUUGACCACCCUGAUUCAUCCGCGAUCUGCAGCUAUUGCGUCCGAAAGACAUAACAUCAGCAACGGCUCCGCCUUGUUGAUGCAGGAACCCCCGAGGGAGAAGCAGAGGAAAGUGAAUUUUGUGACCGAUAUCAAACACUUCAGCUUAUUUCACAGACGAUCAAAACAACAUGCUGCUGAGCAAAAUGCAAACCAAAUCUUCUCUGUUUCAGGAGAGGUGGCUCGUCAGCAAGCUGAAGGACCCCUGGAGAGAAAUGUCCAACUGGAAUCUCGAGGAUUAGCUUCAAGGGGUGACUUGAACAUCCCGGGUCUCAGCGAACAAUGUAUAUUAGUAGAUCAUCGGGAAAGAAAUACAGACUCCCUGAGUUUACAAGUGGGCAAGAGAGUGUGCGCCUUCAAGUCGGAGAAGGUGGUGGUGGAGGACACUGUUCCAAUCAUACCAAAGGAGAAACAUACAAAGGAAGAGGACUCUAGUCUAGACUAUGAUGCAAACCUCUCAGACACGGUCACCCAUGAAGAUUAUGUGACCACAAGACUGUGAUCUGGAAGGAGGAAGUGUUUAGCAUCCAUAACACACAUUUUCUGUAGUGCUCUGGGUGGGGGGAGAUGUUUAAACGUUGAUUAGCCAAUGCUAACUUACACUUUAUAGCAUUUAUCACCUGUGGCAUAUUAACCUGUAACAUUUAAAUAAGGCAAAAGCUAUCAAAAAUCCUUGUUUUGUAGCCUGCUUUUGCUUUCACAAUUUGUUUCACAAAUUUUUUUGUUGUUGUUGUAAAGAAAUAAAUGCACCUUGUAUUCUUGUAUUGUUCCAAUA